AUGAAAGCGGAGACUCCUGUGAACAGCACAAUGAGUACUGAGCAAGCCCGCAAGAUGGUGAAACAGCUGAAGAGUGAAGCCACCUUGUGCCGGAUAAAGGUGUUCAAGGCAGCAGCAGACUUGAUGGCUUACUGUGAUGUCCACUCCUGCGAGGAUCCCCUCAUCACCCCUGUGCCCACUUUGGAGAACCUCUUCUGGGAGAAGAGGUUCUUCUGUGCCCUCCUUUGAAUUGCUCUGUCCCC